ACGUGGUGUUGCUGUGUGUCUGCAGGGUAUCACACUCUACUGUCCGUGUUGGGCGUUCGCUGUCUCCCCAGACACACCUUCCUGCAGUACGUUGACCAUGGUGUGCUGCAGCUCACCGAGACCUUCGUCUCACGACUCAUGACAGAUCUAGACAACAGUGAUGCCAACGAGGAGCUGAAGUUCAGCAUUCUGAAGAGACUACCAGAGUCCAUGGAGCAGAGGAUCUGUCACCUGUGGGAUCACCCCAUCAGUUCAGCCUGUAUCUCCAGAGACUAUGUCAGAGGCCUGCUGGAGAAACACGCCAAAACCAAAGGUUCUAUGUUCAUGGAGAGAGACGAGCCUGGCUUCAGGCCUGAGUUCCUGCCUCUCACCUUCCUGACCAAAAUUCUGUUGGAUGUGGAAGACCGAGCUCUGAACCCUUUUGAGGAGCAGGAGAAUGUGGAUGCCAGGUUUGUGGAGGAGACGGCUCUGAAACAGACUCUGAUCCUGAUGGGCUUCCAGGACAAGUGAGGGAGGGAGAGACUGAGGUGAAGGGAGGUGAAGAAAGAGGGGGAGCAGGUCAAGGCUCCAAGUUUUCACUCAACACUCCAUAUUCCACUAGUGCUCAGAGCGGGGACUGUGUGUCAGUGAGCGGGGACUGUGUCAGAGUUCGGGGACUGUUUGAAAUUACACUUUAAAUGUUGAUCACUCAAUAUUCCAAUACAUGAGAAUCUAUGAAGAUACAUCAGAUUCUGAUGAACAAUGGGUCUGGUGACAAUAGUCAAUGGUUAAGCAUUCAAUUUGACAGAUUUAUAUUUCUGCCCUCUCUGCCUGUUGCUCAACCCUCCCAUUCAGACCAGAUGGAUGAGGCUCUUACAGUAAGAAGGGAAGUUCUCUGGAAGGUGUCUGAAUUACCACAACAUGUGUCCUGUAUGAUGUGUGUAUCUUUCCAUCUCAGAGGAACUGAUGCAUGGUUUUAGAUUUCAGGAAUAACACCGUUAUGUGGAAUCCACGAAAUGUGUUGAUCAGGUACAAUAAUAAACAGGAAAAGGGAUUUUUGUUGUCAUGUUUACACGUGUAAAGCCAUAUUGUAUCAAUGAAACACGAAAUAAAAUAUUUGUUGCAUGUUUCUAACAA